AUGAGAUGGGUUGGGAGGGGGGGAGAGAUGUUUCUCUGUGCUGUUUGGGUGCGCUGCGUCAUUAACGUGGUGGGGGGGAGAUUGGGGGGAGGGGGGGGGGGGGGGGGUGGGGGGGUGGUUUGGUGGUGUGGGGGGGGUGGGGGUGGGGGGGGGGUGGGGGGGGGGGGGGGGGGGGGGGAGAUGAGGUGGUUGUUUUUGUUGGUGGGGGGGGGGUGGGUGUGGGGUUGGUGGGUUGUGUGGGGGUGGUGUGGGGGUGGUUGUGGGGUUGUGUGGUGUGGGGUGGGUGGUGUGGGGGUGGGGGUGGGGGGUUGGUGGGGGGUGGGGGGGGGGUGGGGGGUGGUGUGGGGGGGGUUGGGGGGUGGGGUUGGGUUGGGGGUGGGUGGGGGGUGGGGGUGGGGUGGGGGUGUUGGGGGUUGGGGGGGGUGGGGGGGUGGGGGUGGGGGGGGGGUGGUGGGGUGGGGGGGGUGGGGGGUGGGUGGGUGGGGGGGGGUGGGGGGUGGGGGGGGGUGGGUGGGGGGGUGUGGGGGGGUGGGGGGGGGGUGUGGGGUGGUGGGGGGGGGGUGGGGGGGGUGGGGGGGGGUGGUGGUGGUGGUGGUGGGUGGGGGUGGGGUGGUGUUGUGGGUGGGUGGGUGGUGGGGGGUGGGGGGGGUGGGUGGUGUGGGGGUGGUGGGGUGUGGGUUGGGGGUGUUGGUGGGGGGGGGUGUGGGGGGUGGGGGUUGGGGGGUGGGGGGGGUGGGGGUGGGGGUGGGUGGGGUGGGGGUGGGGGUGUGUGGGGGGUGGGGGGGGGGGUGUGGGUGGUGUGUUGGUGGGGUUGUGUGGGGGUGGGGGUUGUGGUUGGUGGGGGUGUGUGUGGGGGUGGGUGGGGUUGGGGUGUUGGUGGUGGUGGGGGUGGGGGGGGGGUGUUGGGUGGGGGUGGGGUGGGGGGGGGUGGGGGGUUGGUGGUGGGUGGGGGGGUGGUGUGGGUGGGGGGGGGGGUUGUGUGUGGUGGUUGGGUGGGGGGGGUGUUGGGUGGGGGUGGUGUGGGGUGUGUUGGGUGGGUGGUGGGGGUGGUGUUGGGUGGUGGGUGGUGGGUGGGGUGUGGGGUGUGGGGUUGUGUGGGGUGGGUGUUGGUUGUGUGGGUGGUGGGGGUGUUGUGUUGGUGGGUGGGGUGGUGUGGUGUUUGUUUGUUGGGUUGGGGGUGUUUGGGGGGGGUGUGGGUUGGGUGAGGGGAUGAGGUGUUGGUUGUGGGUAGUUGGGUGGUGUGGGUGUGUUGUUUUGUGUUGGUGGGGGGGUGGUUGGGGGUGGUGUAUGUGUGUGAUGUGA